UAAAGUUAGGGAGAUCCCAGGAAAAGAAUGCGUGAGCGUGACAAUGGAGACUGACAAAAGAUGGUCCCUCGCCGGAAAAACCGCUCUGGUAACCGGUGGGACUCGUGGAAUCGGGCGAGCAGUAGUAGAGGAACUAGCAAAAUUCGGUGCAAAAGUUCAUACUUGUUCAAGGAACCAGGAAGAGCUAAACACAUGCUUGAAUGAUUGGAAAUCGAAUGGUUUUGUGGUGUCUGGUUCGGUUUGUGAUGCUUCGGUUAAGGAUCAGAGGGAUAAGUUGAUUCAAGAUGUUUCGUCUGCCUUCAGUGGCAAGCUCAACAUCCUUAUAAACAAUGUUGGAUUUAAUAUCAGGAAACCAACAGUUGAAUACUCAAGCGAGGAAUAUGCAAGUAUCAUGUCGACUAACUUAGAAUCCGCUUUCCAUUUUUCCCAAAUUGCUCAUCCUCUUCUAAAAGCUUCUGGGGUAGGAAACAUUGUGUUCAUCUCCUCCGUUUCUGGCCUGGUGAGUUGCGGUGGAUCUGUCUAUGCUGCAACUAAAGGAGCACUUAAUCAGCUUACAAGAAAUCUAGCUUGUGAGUGGGCAAGCGACCACAUCAGAACCAAUUGCGUAGCGCCGUGGUACAUCAAGACCUCACUUGUGGAACCGCUACUUGAGAAGCAAGAUUUUUUGGAGGCGGUAGUUUCACGAACCCCACUUGGCCGCGUUGGAGAACCAGAGGAAGUCGCAUCGUUGGUUGCUUUCCUUUGUCUUCCCGCCGCGUCUUACAUUACUGGACAGGUCAUUUCCGUUGAUGGAGGUUUCACCGUCAACGGUUUCAGCUAUGUCAAGUAGCCAAGAUUUUCUAAUCGCUACAUAAGUUACUAAUAAAGCAAGAAUCCAUUCUAUGAGGUUUUUGCUCGUUUGUUUUUGUGACGUCUUUAAAGCUGCAGUAAUAUCCUCACAUUUGUAUUUUAAAAAUAGUCACUGUACAGUUCAAAGUACAGUGCACUUAUGCAACAGUUUUAUAGUAUUUUCAUGGACAAAUUCCAUAAAUAUCAUGGAUCAA